AUGAAGCUUGCCAUCACACUGCGUCAUCUGGCAACAGGAGAUUCCUAUGCCACCCUGCAAUAUGAAUUCCGGGUAGCCAGAAACACAAUUUGCUUGUUGGUGAAAGAAGUCUGUGAUGCCUUGGUGAUGGAGCUCAAGAAUGAAGUCAUCACAUGCCCUACUGACAGAGGCACUUGGGAAGACGUUGCUGAGGAGUUCCUGAUGCGCUGGAAUGUCCCACAUGCCUGUGGAGCCCUGGAUGGGAAACAUGUUGCUAUCAGAAAGCCUCUCAAGACUGGAACCAUGUACCACAACUACAAAGGCUUCUUUUCAGUCUUCCUAAUGGCUGUGAUAGAUGCUGAUUACAAAUUCAUGUGGAUAGAUGUUGGUGGUUUUGGAAGCCAGUCUGAUGCCCAGACCUGCUAG